CGAGUUCUGUACCGGCUGGGCAGAAGUGGAGGGUAUCCGCGGAUGAUUAUCGGAGAGAUAAUUAUUCGUUGAAUAAUUUUCCCUCGACUGAACGCGCCUUCACUAGGCAGAUUUAUUCGGUUUCAACAACAUCGGAUAUGCCGACCUACGAGAUAUCGCUGCUUCUGCGGAAAAUGCAAAAGCCGGGGCUGAUCCAGACUGUCAAGCGGACGGCCGACCUGGUGAUGGACCGGGGCGGCUACGUGCGCAAGGUGGAGCACCUCGGGACCCGGGCGCUGCCCAGCCGGCUCACAGCGCAUGGACUCAAACACACGGAGGGCAGCUAUUUUCGUGUUGAAUUUGACCUGCCUCCGGUGAAGGUGUACGACAUUAUGGACUUCGCCGGCCGUGACGUAGAUGUCGUCAGAUAUGGCGUCUUCAGAGUGGAGGAUCCCAAACCAUUUCAGUGUACCUUCCAUGAGGAAACACAGCCUCCACCGUACAGGGCGGAGGUGCAGGAGAUGGUGCAAGCCGCUGAGCAAAAGGAGCAGCGCCGGAAAAAGUUCAAAUACAACACCAAACUCGACUUUUAUCCGUUUCAGCGGUAGUGUUUGCCACAGUGUGUGUACGCUGUUGUGUCUCAUUGUAAACAGGAAUUUAGAUGCGUGUUUUUCUCGCCAGCGACCGGUGGUUUACGUUGCACGAAAUGGGUGGUCAUAUUGUGUGCAUGUAGCAAAAUAUACAUAUGAGUGUGC